UUUCUCAUACUAUAACUUAAAAGAGACGUUCAAGUUAUUGAUUUCCUACUUAUGGAAUUCAGACCCACGCAUAAAUUUGCUGUCUUUCUUCUAAUUGCCUUUCGUAUAGUUCUUUCAGUCGAGGGAAGACUACUAAAAUCAGUGAGCAAAAAUGAUUCAAAGCAAGUAUUGCCACCCCCUACACCUACUAAAACCUCAGAUUUUGGAGACUCCAUUGAAGGUUACAAAGAGGAUUUUCGACCCACUACACCAGGGAACAGCCCUGGUGCUGGACAUUCAUUUGCAGAAGAUGACGAAGAUAUUGUUGAACAAAAACCAGGAAGCGUUAACGGCAAGCAUUCGAUUUCAGGAGAUAAAGAUGAUUUUCGACCCACCACACCAGGGAACAGCCCUGGCGCUGGACACUCUUUCCAAGAAGAUGAAAAUAUUGAAAAAACAGGAAGGUUUAGCAAUCAGGGCAAUGGUAAGCAUUCAAUUGCAGGAGCUAAAGAAGAUUUCCUACCCACCAACCCUGGAUACAGCCCUGGUGGUGGUCAUGUUUAUCGAAGCCAAAAUUCUGAACCAAAUGCAUAAACAUGCAUGUA